CCUCUAUACCCUCUCUACCCUCCAUACCCUCCAUACCCUCCAUACCCUCCAUACUCUCCAAACUCUUCCUCUAUACCAUUCCACGAGACCGUCUACCAUACCGACGCCUCACAGACUCUUCAGUCUAUCUCCAUACUCCUUCCAAGCACAUCAAUCCUUUAAAAUGACUGCUCCUCCGCCCUAUCCUCCUCAACCUGCUAUUCCUUGCCAAGUCAGGACUGCUGAGCGCUGUCUGGGUGCUGAUAUGGAUGGAAACCUGGCUAUCUUUUCUCCUCUCUCUCUUCCGGAAGACGCCAGUGAACGCUGUUUGAGAACUUUCAAGGUGUCUCCCAAGCCAUUGCAACUUGAAGUCGCAAGGAAGAUAGGUCAAGGCGAAGACUGCGUGUUAAUAGCAGGAUGUGGAUGGGGCAAAACGUUGGUGUACUUUCUUCCACUUAUCUUCUGGCCCGACAGAAUAAUCGUUGUAUUGACCCCUUUGACGGCUUUGGGCAAGGAACAAGAUCAAAAACUUCAGGCCGUCGAUAUCUCGAGCAUUUUUCUCCGCCGGGAGACGAUCAUUGAUAGCAACUGCAUCAAGGAGCUGGCGUCAGGAAAAUACCGAGCAGUGUUCAUGUCUCCGGAGUUAGUAUUUGACAGUACUCGAUUGAAGGACAUAUGGUUCAAUAAGAGUUGGAGACGCCUACUUUUAGCAGUGAUUGUCGACGAAGCACACUGCAUCAACCAUUGGGGCGACGACUUCCGGAAAGCAUAUGGGCGCAUUGGUGAGAUACGAAGAUGGUUACCUCCAAGAAAGGCGUUUAUAGCCCUGACAGCGACACUCACGACCAAGGCCUUAGAAGCAGUCAAAGUAUGCCUGAGCUAUAAAAGCGACAUCGUGGUGGUCAACGAAGGGAACGAUCGAAGGAACGUCAAGUAUACAGCGAAGGCAUUUUGUUAUCCAGCAAACAGUUUUCAGGACCUCAACUUUCUCUUGGGUUUCGAUAAAAAGACCAUCGUUUAUUUCGAUAGUCGAGCUGAGUGUGCGAACGCUCAGACAUAUUUGAGGCGUCUGGCGCCGGAGAAUUUAAGAAAACGGAUUGGCGUUUACCAUGCGGGGAAGUCAGAUGAGCGCAAGGAGUUGGUUAUGAAGCGAUUUACGAACAACAACUACUGGAUAUUGUUGGCAACAGAGGCUGCUGGGAUGGGCUGUGACAUCAGCGAUGUGGUCCGAGUAGUGCAGUAUGGGAUACCCUCAAGUUUGUCAACACUUGUCCAGAGGAUUGGUCGAGCUGCGCGCGAUCCGAAUUUGGAGGGUGAAGGGAUACUACUAUACGCGAAAACAUUUCCUCGUCUUGCACAACCAACAAUGGAUGAGAGCCAUCUUCAACAAUAUAUUAACGCCCAUCCGUGUCGCCGAGUUGUCCUCAACAGAUUCUUCAACAACACGCCGGUGCAGAUCGUUAAUUGUUGUGACAAGUGUCAACCUAACGUAGCGACUCCAGCACAGAUGGGCGCCCGAUUGGUACUUCCAAGCCGUAAGAACAAAAUCAAUAUUUCAGCAAAAGACGGCAAACAAAUCAGGGAAACAAUUGAGCAGUGGCGAAAGGAUCGGUUUGAGCGUUUCUAUCGCACGCAGUGCGUCGCAUACAGAGUUGGAAACGUGCUGCCGGACAAAAUGAUAGACAGGAUCAUCAAAAAGUUCGGAAGUAUCAAAUCUGCUGUGGAACUUGUGGAAGUUGCCGAUUGGUCUGAGGAUAUCGCAGUGGUUCAAACUCUUUGGGACGUUCUUAGUCAGCUCGCCAUUCCUUCAAACGAGCCGCCAUUUACAAGGAUAUAUGACGAGAACAAUAUGGAGAUGACGGAGAGUUUUAUGGCAAAAGAAUUUGGAGUCGAUGCGCCGAAUUCGCCAGUCCUGCGGCUUCAUCGGAUCGAGGAGCCAUAUUUGGAGGAUUUAGAGGAGCUUGAGUGUCCACAGACACCUACUAGUGGCCGCGCUCAAGAACACCCGAGACCGCCCACUAGAACUCCUGCUCAACGGAUAAAUUAUCAAUUACAAGAUUUCACACCUACUAGUAAUCGUCAACAAACAGUUAUUAUCAGUCAGCCGCAAACGCCCACUACCCCUCGUAUUAAAUUGGUACAUUAUCGGCCCCAGGAUUCGAUGCCUAUCAAGAUUCGUCAACAGACACCUACUAGCAGUCGUCCGCAGACUCCCGCCAAAAUUCUGAAGUGGAAGCCAUAUGAGGCGGGAAACACGCCUUCCAAGGUUCGCCAACAGACGAUUGAAAGCGGCCACCCGCAUUCGCCACUCACGAUAGUUCCAAAACCUGGACACGACGAUCGAAAUGACCCUGCUAAUCCGUUUAUAUAA